UAAAAAAAAAAAAAAAAAAAAAAAAGAGGAAAAGUUUAAAUAUAAAAAGAACGGCAUAAUUGCAAUUGCAGUUAAUAAGUGCAUAUAAAGCAAAAAAAAAAGUAAAAUUGAUUUAAUUAAAUUGAAAAUUUUUUUAUUUAUAAAAUGUUAUUAAAAAUUUAUUAUUUACUGAUUGUGACUUUGUUGGCGUUCGUGUUAUUGCCAACCGGUCAAUGUGGCCCAGUGCCAAAAGUGAACGAGCGCGAGAUUUUAUUACCGAAAGUACCGCAAUGGCAUUGCUUGCGUUAUUUUAAACACGACAUUUUGAUGAUGCGUCGCUGUAGACACGUACGAGUUCCAAUGGCUCCACGGAAAAGUAAUGUAAAGAAACUUAAUUCAAAUUUUAAAUUUAAUUAAGCAACGACUGAUAAUGUUAAAUAAAAAAUAUUCUUAAAUCGAAAUAGCGGAAGUGCCGUAGAAGUCAAGAGUUGAGGACUCGUAUUAAUAAGCUUCGAAGGAUUUCGAAG